UCAUCGUCCAAUAUGUCUGCCUCCAUGGUUAAAAUGUUUUUACGAGAAGCUGGGUAAAUUCAGGGACGUUUAUUAUUCUCGACGUUGAAAGGUCACUACUAUACAGCAUCUCGCACCCGGCUCACCUUCGGUCGUCGCCACCAGGUGGCCACACAGCGAUGGAGGUCGUGUGCGUCAUCGACCAGGUCGUUACUGAGGGCAUCCGUGCGCGCCGCCUCGCGCUCGAUGCCAUCCAGAGGGCGUGCACGUCGGUCGGUGCGACGCUGCACCAGGUGGCGUUUGAGAAGCUUGACUUUGGCGAAACGAACGUGCUCGAUCUCUUCUACAACACUGACAUGUGUAUCGUCGACACGUCCGUCAUGCUUCAGCAGAGCGCACUCAUCUAUCAACUCGGUGUCAGAGAAAGCUUCGGAAAUAAGGACAACAUCUUGAUCUACAACAUGCACGAUGAACAACCGCAUGACGUCAGCACGACCAUGCCGUUCAAGAUGACCUUCAGCGGCUACAAGUUCAUUCCGUACACCAUCUCCAAGGACGGCACGACGGCAGUCUACGAGCGGACGGGCAUCCCAAACGUGUCGGCUGCUCCCGCGGCGGCGGUCGACGCUCCGGCUGAAGCCACGCCUCUGCAGUGCAAGAUACGCAAAAUACUCAAGGAUGUACAGAUCGACGCGGGAUUUGUUACAACGGGCCACCGAUUUGUAUCUGCAGGUCUGAUACUGAACAGUCUAAUUGGACGUAAGGGCAGCCUGUCGUCACUGAAGGACUACUGGGACGUCGCGACAUUCUUUGAGAUCAGUGUGUUGGCAGAGGACUACAGUAAGGCAGCACAGGCAGCAGAGUGCAUGUACAAGCUAACGCCACCAAACUGGUAUCUGAAGUCAACGAUAGGGAACAUAUCGCUGAUCAACACGUUCCGGAAGAAGGCCCAGCCGACGGAACAGGAGGUUCCACGCGAUGAAGAGAUCUUUCUCUUCUGGAUGGAGUUCCUUAUGGAAGCAACAAAGACGGAAUGUACUGACGUUCGUUUUCCUGUGUUGAUCUUGGAGCCGACUAAGGAAUACAUGCCGAGCUACGUCACAGUUAACCUGGAGGCCGGUAUCUGGAAUCAGGAGAGCUCGGUUCGACUGUGGCAUGUGGCGCCCCCGUGUCCAAACAAGGGCAUGCACGAGUGGGUGUUCCUCGUGGAGUCGAUAAAGAGUGUCAGUCUGUACCGGCGGGAUGACAGGUGUGUCUAUCUGUACGUACAGCAGAACUCUGAUGACUUCCAACUGUUCUUCCCCAGCGAGGUACAGCGUAAACGGUUCUAUGACCUCAUGUUGGAACUGACCGCAGAUAAUGAGAACUGCAUCACUGACCUUGACUCCGACCUCUACUCAGGACCGAUCACGUAUGAGUACGAGCAGGAUGAGUCGGGAAGGAAGACGGUGCUUGGGAAGGGAACGUACGGGGUCGUGUACGCAGCGAGGGAUCUCAUGACGCAGGUGAAGAUUGCCAUCAAGGAGGUGCCCGAGAAAAACAUGUCUGGAGUCCUGAAGAUCGUCGACUUUGGAACGAGUAAGCGCCUCACCGGAAUGAACCCGUGUACGGAAACGUUCACCGGCACUCUGCAGUACAUGGCACCAGAGGUCAUCGAUAAGGGUCAGCGUGGGUAUGGGGCAGCGGCUGACAUAUGGUCGCUAGGCUGUACCGUCGUGGAGAUGGCCACAGGAAAACCUCCAUUCAUAGAGGCAAAUAAUGAGAACUGCAUCACUGACCUUGACUCCGACCUCUACUCAGGACCGAUCACG